GAGGUGCAUGGGAGCCUGGCGGCCUCUCUCUGCCCGUGUCCAUCAGUGAAAUUCCAGGUGGGGCUCACCGCAAUGGCCCUCCCGACACUUUCGCACGGCACCUUCCCCGCAGAAGCCCGGGGACGUGGACGUCGAAGGAGUCUCUUUUGGACCCCGAGCCAAAGCGAGACCCUGCGAGCCUGCUUUGAGCGGAACCCGUACCUGGGCAUUGCCACCAGAGAACGGCUGGCCCAGGCCAUCAGCAUUCCAGAGCCCAGGGUCCAGAUUUGGAUUCAGAAUGAGAGGUCACACCAGCUGAGGCAGCACCGGCAGGAAACUCGGCCCUGGCCCGGGAGACGCGGCCCGGAAGAAAGCAUGCGAAAGCAGACCACCGUCACCAGAUCCCACACCUCCCUACUCCUCCGAGACUUUGAGAAGGAUCACUUUCCAGGCAUCACUGCCAGGGAAGAGCUAGCCAGGGAGACGGCCCUCCCGGAGUCCAGGAUUCAGAUCUGGUUUCAGAAUCGAAGGGCCAGGCACCGGGGAGAGGCUGGCAGGGCGCCCGCACAGGGAGGCGGCCUGUGCAACGUGGCCCCAUGGCGGGUGUCACCCUAUUCCCUUGUGGGUCACCUUCGCCCACACCGGCGCGUGGGGAAAGUGUCUUCCCGCACCCCACGUGCCCUGCGCGCCUGGGGCUUUCCCACAGGGCCUUUCGUGAGCCAUGGAGUGAGGGCCAUCCCCGUGCUCCAGCCCAGCCAGGCGGCGCUGGCAGAGAGGAUCUCCAAACAUGCCGCGGCACGUGGGGAUUUUGCCUACGCCGCCCCGGCUCCUCCGGAAGGGGCGCUCUCCCACCCUCAGUCUCCUUGGUGGCCUCCGCACCCGGGCAAAAGCCAGGAGGACCAGGACGCGCAGCGCGACAUCCUGCCGGGCCCUUGCGCAGUGGGAUAG